UGCAGUCCCAGCAGGUUCUCGUUUACGGAGGAGAGAUAACGUUAGAGAGAUGAAGCUUCAAAUGACACCUUUACCAUGCUUUUCUUUCGCCGAUAAGCAGUGACAGAGACAUUUUAGAUAAAUGUGACAGAAGAACAGUUGAUCCAACCAGAUUCUUGAGGUGCGUGCAUGUUUUUCAACAAGCUAGCCUCUCUAUUAUAAAUUGAUUGCAUAGCAAGGUGGUGAAUUCAAGUUAAUGGCAGUGUAAUGCAUGUGUUCUGUUUUGCAUCUUCACAUGUGGCAAUUAUAAUGCCAUUGCCUGCUAAAUGCUGUGUUUAGAUGGUUAGUUGGGUCUGUGUAUAUUUCAAGGGUUGCCCUUUCUUUGGCAUUCUAAUCUUCCUUUUACCAAUACAGAUUCAUUUACCUAACCUUAGCUACACAUCCCAUCAGGCAUUUAUGUUCACUCAGACUCUCUUUGUUGGUGCUUUCCAGACAGAAAACAUGGCAAGAAGAACAAGGAUGUUUAUGACAUUUCCUGGUAUAGUGGUUGUCUGUCUGCUUCUUCUGGGUGGCUCAAUGGAGACAGCCAAUGAAGUAGACCCAUACAAGAUUCUUGGAGUGACCAAAAGUGCAAGUCAAGCUGAAAUCAAGAAAGUGUACAAGCGCCUAGUUAGGGAAUGGUAAGAACAUCUUUAACUGACUCUUUCUCUUCUGGGUGUCAGGACUCAGUGGAUAUAUUUAGCAUUAAGACGAUUGACUCUGUUUACAAAAAUACAUGGCCAGUGAUGCAUGGUCCUUUAUUUCUGUAAGGCAUCCUGAUAAAAACAAAAAUGAAGGCGCUGAAGAUAUGUUCAUCAAGAUUACAAAAUCUUAUGAGGUAAGAGAGUAUCCAAUAUUUGCCAACAUUAAAACCGCAGCAGUCUACUGUAAUUGCAUUAUUCAGAAGGAAAUGCUCCACCCUCUGGUAACCAAAUUCAUCUGCUUUCUACCCAAACUCUUUAAGAUAUUAUUCAACGAGGAGAAGAGAACCAACUAUGACCGGUAUGGCCAGACUGAUGACACCCAGCCGUAUGGUCAUGGUCACUACGGUCACCGCCACGACCACUUCUACUUCGAUGAGUCCUUCUUCCACUUCCCAUUCAACAACAAGGGCAACCGGGAGUUUGCCGACAGCAAGUACGCUCUGCACUUCAACCAGUACGUGAAUGACGUGGUGCCUGACAGCUAUAAGAGACCGUACCUGAUCAAGAUCACUUCCGACUGGUGUUUCAGUUGUAUCCACAUUGAGCCGGUCUGGAAAGAGGUUGUGUUGGAGCUGGAAGCCUUGGGUAGGAAAUUAUGAAAUGCAUUACACAAAUUAAAAUGACUUAACGACUUCACCUUCCACAUGACAUGAAAGUGUAUUACAUUUACAUUACAUUCUAGUAAUUUAGCAGACACUCUUAUCCCGAGCGACAUACAAUCAGUGCAUUCAACUAAAGUAGGUAAAAUAACCAUACUGAGUCUUGGUUUGGCUGAUUAUGUGUAUAACUGGUGUGUUAUGUCUUAGGUGUGGGGAUUGGUGUGGUGGAUGUUGGCUAUGAGAGACGUCUGGCCAAUCAUCUCGGUGCUCACCGCACCCCGUCCAUACUGGGGGUUAUCAAUGGGAAAGUGACCUUCUUCCACUACUCUGUGGUGAAGGAGCACCUGAGGCAGUUUGUGGAGGACCUGCUCCCUCAGAGACUGGUUGAGAAGGUAAAAUAACAUGUUUUGGCAGAUUUGUUUUCUGACUCACCAUUGUUGGCAUCUCAGCAAUUAUGUUAACAAAAGAAAACGGUGUUUCAGGUUACAGACAGGAACGACCUUCAAUUCCUGAACAGCUGGCAUGAGCAGAACAAGCCGCACGUGCUUCUGUUUGACCAAGUGCCUGUAGUUCCACUCUUGUACAAGGUAAGCCAUUGUCUAGAUUAGUCAGUCUGGCGUCAGUUUUAACUACCACUGAAAGCGCUGGUCUGACUAACUAUUAUUUACUUCCUUCUGGAACAUAGGCCAUCGACAACAGUUUUCUAAUACUUGGUUACUGUUUUUAACAAAUCUUUCUUAGCUGACUGCUUUCGCCUAUAAGGAUUAUGUUCAGUUUGGAUAUGUGGACCAGGGCCUGUCAGAGACUGCAAACCUGCUGAAGCAGUUCAACAUCAACACCUACGCCCCCACCAUGCUGGUCUUUAAGGAGAGUACAGACAAGCCUGCAGACAUUAUACAGGUAGGUACUAGACGGUUUACUAGACUUGACUACUGUGUAUCCUCUUACAUUUCCACCAGACAGUUUGAUUGAAUAAUUAAAUAGCAUUUGAAUACCUGAGUAGUAUCUGAGGUAUCUGAAUUACUGACAUAUUAUUGAUUAUAUUUAGAGAUGCUGUUUUUGUUGUUAAUUAAGCUGAUUAGAUACAUGGCAUUUAAUGUCAUUGAUACCUAUGUGUCGUUGUUCUCCUCUAGGCUAAAGGGAUGAAAAAACAAAUAAUUGAUGAAUUUAUAACGAACAACAAGUUUCUCCUCGUCCCUCGACUGGUGAACCAGAAACUGUUUGAUGAACUUUGUCCUGUGAAGCAGUUCCACCGACGCAGGAAGUAAGCUUAUGCUUUUCAUUUCCUUUUUGGCUCAAGUCUAUGUCUAUUUUUAAACAUACCAUUUAUGAACAGCCAGUUUACGAUUGCACUUUUGCAUCAUUGUUCCCAAACGUCUGUAUUUUAGGUACUGUGUUCUAUUGAUCACUGGUGAUGAGGAGUCCUAUACCAUAGGAAACCAGGCCUUUCUCUCAUUUGCCUCCACCAACACUAAGGAGGUGGUGAGGUUUGCCUACGUCUACCAAAGACUGCAACAAUCACUGUGUGAUAUUCUUCUGAAGACUAAGGACAGCACACCACCACCUCCACCACCACAGGUACAUUUAUGCUAACAGAGCUGUAGUAGAGACUGUAGAGUGCCAUAUUAAAUAUUAACUUUGUUAAUGUGAUCUCUUUGGAUGCAUCUUAAGAGCCAUAUGGACUGCAAUUCAGUUUUAGAGUGCUUAUGGUAGAAGUGUCUAUAUAAUGAGCUACAGACACACAUCCUCUCUCUCUAUUAUAAUGUAUCACAAGGUUAGAACACCUUUCCCCAAUACUAUAAGCUCAUGUGAAUGUGUGUGUCUGCAUGCGUGUGCUUGCUCCGCAGGUGUUCAUCUUGGAGCGUCGUAACGCAGCAGGGAAGGUCCUGUACAUGGAGGUGGCGGGUGGUUGGAACGGUACUGAUGAGGAUAAACAACGUCUGUUGGAUGAGCUGGAGAGGCUGCAGAAAGACCCCUCCAUCCUCAACUACGAUGCCAUGCUGCCGGAGCUCAACAACGAGUUUGCCUCUGUAAAUUGAGUUCCACAGUAUUAUCCUCAUUAGAAGGGCUGGCCUACUUAAGUCUCGGCAGAGCAAGGGUAAUGAUGUAGUAAUUAGUACUGUGUCCAGAGAUAAGGUAUUUGUUCAAAUGUUAUUUUGUAGCAUUCCAAAUCUGCAAGGUUUUUCAUUUCUAUGGUGGAUAAUUCAGGAUAAUUAUAUGCAGUAAAUGUAUAUAUAUUUUUAAUUCCAGAUGUUUCUUAUUCGAUGGAUCUAUACAGCUUAUGAUUACCUUUCUGAAAUUCUUGAUGAUAUUCUUCAUAAUAAUUGGUAAGUUGUCUUUUAUUCAAAAUUGUAGGUACAGUGAGGGAAAAAAGUAUUUGAUCCCCUGCUGAUUUUGUAUGUUUGCCCACUGACAAAGAAACGAUCAGUCUAUAAUUUUAAUGGUAGGUUUAUUUGAACAGUGAGAGACAGAAUAACAAAACAAAAAUCCAGAAAAACGCAUGUCAAAAAUGUAAUAAAUUGAUUUGCAUUUUAAUGAGGGAAAUAAGUAUUUGACCCCCUCUCAAUCAAAAGAUUUCUGGCUCCCAGUGUCUUUAUACAGUAACGAGCUGAGAUUAGGAGCACACCUUAAAGGAGUGCUCCUAAUCUCAGUUUGUUACCUGUAUAAAAGACACCUGUACACAGAAGCAUCAAUCAAUCAUUCCAAACUCUCCACCAUGGCCAAGACCAAAGAGCUCUCCAAGGAUGUCAGGGACAAGAUUGUAGACCUACACAGGUCUGGAAUGAGCUACAAGACCAUCGCCAAGCAGUUUGGUGAGAAGGUGACAACAGUUGGUGCGAUUAUUCGCAAAUGGAAGAAACCCAAAAUAACUGUCAAUCUCCCUCGGCCUGGGUCUCCAUGCAAGAUCUCACCUCGUGGAGUUGCAAUGAUCAUGAGAAUGGUGAGGAAUCAGCCCAGAACUACACGGGAGGAUCUUGUCAAUGAUCUCAAGGCAGCUGGGACCAUAGUCACCAAGAAAACAAUUGGUAACACACUACGCCGUGAAGGACUGAAAUCCUGCAGCACCCGCAAGGUCCCCUUGCUCAAGAAAGCACAUAUACAGGCCCGUCUGAAGUUUGCCAAUGAACAUCUGAAUGAUUCAGAGGAGAACUGGGUGAAAGUGUUGUGGUCAGAUGAGACCAAAAUCGAGCUCUUUGGCAUCAACUCAACUCGCCGUGUUUGGAGGAGGAGGAAUGCUGCCUAUGACCCCAAGAACACCAUCCCCACCGUCAAACAUGGAGGUGGAAACAUUAUGCUUUGGGGGUGUUUUUCUGCUAAGGGGACAGGACAACUUCACUGCAUCAAAGGGACGAUGGACGGGGCCAUGUACCGUCAAAUCUUGGGUGAGAACCUCCUUCCCUCAGCCAGGGCAUUGAAAAUGGGUCGUGGAUGGGUAUUCCAGCAUGACAAUGAUCCAAAACACACAGCCAGGGCAACAAAGGAGUGGCUCAAGAAGAAGCACAUUAAGGUCCUGGAGUAGCCUAGCCAGUCUCCAGACCUUAAUCCCAUAGGAAAUCUGUGGAGGGAGCUGAAAGUUCGAGUUGCCAAACGUCAGCCUCGAAACCUUAAUGACUUGGAGAAGAUCUGCAAAGAGGAGUGGGACAAAAUCCCCCCUGAGAUGUGUGCAAACCUGGUGGCCAACUACAAGAAAUGUCUGACCUCUGUGAUUGCCAACAAGGGUUUUGCCACCAAGUACUAAGUCAUGUUUUGCAGAGGGGUCAAAUACUUAUUUCCCUCAUUAAAAUGCAAAUCAAUUCAUACAUUUUUUGACAUGCGUUUUUCUGGAUAUUUGUGUUGCUAUUCUGUCUCUCACUGUUCAAAUAAAUCUACCAUUAAAAUUAUAGACUGAUCAUGUCUUUGUCAGUGGGCAAACGUACAAAAUCAGCAGGGGAUCAAAUACUUUUUUCCCUCACUGUAUGUAUUUGGGAGCGAACAACAUAAGGAGAAAAGGACAUAAUCAAUGUCUGAAAUAUGUUUCUGCAGGCGUGAGAUGAUGCCCCUUCUGUCGUUGAUAUUCUCUGCCUUAUUCAUCCUGUUUGGCACUGUGGUGGUUCAGGCCUUCAGGUAAGAUGGAGGAACAGUGUGAUUCUGCUACUCAAACACAUUACCUUGAGGGAAACUGUUUGUUUAGGCUUACCGUUCUGCUUUGUGGGAUUUCAGUGACUCUAGUGAAGAUGGCAAAUCCAAACCCAAGGCAAAAGAAGGAGCCAAGGCAGAAAAUGGGUCACCGGGUAGCAGCAGCACCUCAAGGCAAGACAGCAUUUUAUAUUUUAAGCUAUAUUGAAAAUAUUCAAGCUGUGACUAAAAUGUUUUGUUUUGGUUUAACUAUCUGACAUAUUUUACAGAUUACAUUUAGCUUUUCAGUGAUGUCAACGCAAUAAAUAAAAAUGAGUGGUUCAGUGGUUCUACUUUUUAUUUACAUUUUAUAGUCGCCCACCGAAGAAGAACUUUGUGGAGGUGACGGAGCUGACAGACAUCACAUACACCAGUAACCUGGUGAAGCUGAGGCCAGGCCAUAUGAACGUGGUACUGGUGCUCACUGACACCACCAAGAACGUCUUACUCAGCAAGUUCGCCAAAGAGGUCUACUCUUUCACCGGGUGAGGGCAGGAUAUGAUCCCACAUGGUCUGGUGCUUGAGGUGCAAUACACAUACAUUAAAUUAUGUAUGUUUUGUGCUUAUAACAUGAAUAUUUAUAUGUGGAAUGGUGAACGCAACUGCCGUUUUACAGUGGGGAAAAAAAGUAUUUAGUCAGCCACCAAUUGUGCAAGUUCUCCCACUUAAAAAGAUGAGAGAGGCCUGUAAUUCUCAUCAUAGGUACACGUCAACUAUGACAGACAAAUUGAGAAAAGAAAAUCCAGAAAAUCACAUUGUAGGAUUUUUAAUGAAUUUAUUUGCAAAUUAUGGUGGAAAAUAAGUAUUUGGUCACCUACAAACAAGCAGAUUUCUGGCUCUCACAGACCUGUAACUUCUUCUUUAAGAGGCUCCUCUGUCCUCCACUCGUUACCUGUAUUAAUGGCACCUGUUUGAACUUGUUAUCAGUAUAAAAGACACCUGUCCACAACCUCAACAGUCACACUCCAACCCCUAUGCCAGACCAAAGAGCUCAAAGGCACCAAAACAAAAUGUAGACCUGCACCCGGCUGGAAGAUAAUCUGCAAUAAAGUUAAGCCUUGGGUUUGAAAAAAUCUUUUGCAUAAUGUUUUUAUUUUCAACAUUGUAGUCAGUGACGGGAAAAAAGUAUUUGAUUUGUACGUUUGCCCAUGACAAAGAAACUCUCCCCAUGGCCAGACCAAGAGCUCUCAAGGAUGUCGGACAGAUUGAGACCUACACAGGCUGGAAUGACUACAAGACCAUCGCCAAGCAGCUUGGUGAGAAGGUGACAACAGUUGGUGCGAUUAUUCGCAAAUGGAAGAACCCAAAAUAACUAUCAAUCUCCCUCGGCCUGGGCUCCAUGCAGAUCUCACCUCAUGGAGUUGCAUGAUCAUGAGAAUGGUGAGGAAUCAGCCCAGAACUACACGGGAGGAUCUUGUCAAUGAUCUCAAGGCCGCUGGGACCAUAGUCACCAAGAAAACAUUGGUAACACACUACGCCGUGAAGGACUGAAAUCCUGCAGCGCCCGCAAGGUCCCCUUGCUCAAGAAGCACAUAUACAGGCCCGUCUGAAGUUUGCCAAUGAACAUCUGAAUGAUUCAGAGGAGAAACUGGGUGAAAGUGUUGUGGUCAGAUGAGACCAAAAUCGAGCUCUUUGGCAUCAACUCAACUCGCCGUGUUUGGAGGAGGAGGAAUGCUGCCUAUGACCCCAAGAACACCAUCCCCACCGUCAAACAUGGAGGUGGAAAACAUUAUGCUUUGGGGGUGGUUUUUCUGCUAAGGGGACAGGACAACUUCAGCGCAUCAAAGGGACGAUGGACGGGGCCAUGUACCGUCAAAUCUUGGGUGAGAACCUCCUUCCCUCAGCCAGGGCAUUGAAAAUGGGUCGUGGAUGGGUAUUCCAGCAUGACAAUGAUCCAAAACACACAGCCAAGGCAACAAAGGAGUGGCUCAAGAAGAAGCACAUUAAGGUCCUGGAGUAGCCUAGCCAGUCUCCAGACCUUAAUCCCAUAGAAAAUCUGUGGAGGGAGCUGAAGGUUCGAGUUGCCAAACGUCAGCCUCGAAACCUUAAUGACUUGGAGAAGAUCUGCAAAGAGGAGUGGGACAAAAUCCCCCCUGAGAUGUGUGCAAACCUGGUGGCCAACUACAAGUUUUGUCUGACCUCUGUGAUUGCCAACAAGGGUUUUGCCACCAAGUACUAAGUCAUGUUUUGCAGAGGGGUCAAAUACUUAUUUCCCUCAUUAAAAUGCAAAUCAAUUUAUAAAAUUUUUGACAUGCGUUUUUCUGGAUAUUUUUGUUGUUAUUCUGUCUCUCACUGUUCAAAUAAAUCUACCAUUAAAAUUAUAGACUGAUCAUGUCUUUGUCAGUGGGCAAACGUACAAAAUCAGCAGGGGAUCAAAUACUUUUUUUCCCUCACUGUAUGUAUUUGGGAGCGAACAACAUAAGGAGAAAAGGACAUAAUCAAUGUCUGAAAUAUGUUUCUGCAGGCGUGAGAUGAUGCCCCUUCUGUCGUUGAUAUUCUCUGCCUUAUUCAUCCUGUUUGGCACUGUGGUGGUUCAGGCCUUCAGGUAAGAUGGAGGAACAGUGUGAUUCUGCUACUCAAACACAUUACCUUGAGGGAAACUGUUUGUUUAGGCUUACCGUUCUGCUUUGUGGGAUUUCAGUGACUCUAGUGAAGAUGGCAAAUCCAAACCCAAGGCAAAAGAAGGAGCCAAGGCAGAAAAUGGGUCACCGGGUAGCAGCAGCACCUCAAGGCAAGACAGCAUUUUAUAUUUUAAGCUAUAUUGAAAAUAUUCAAGCUGUGACUAAAAUGUUUUGUUUUAACUAUCUGACAUAUUUUACAGAUUACAUUUAGCUUUUCAGUGAUGUCAACGCAAUAAAUAAAAAUGAGUGGUUCAGUGGUUCUACUUUUUAUUUACAUUUUAUAGUCGCCCACCGAAGAAGAACUUUGUGGAGGUGACGGAGCUGACAGACAUCACAUACACCAGUAACCUGGUGAAGCUGAGGCCAGGCCAUAUGAACGUGGUACUGGUGCUCACUGACACCACCAAGAACGUCUUACUCAGCAAGUUCGCCAAAGAGGUCUACUCUUUCACCGGGUGAGGGCAGGAUAUGAUCCCACAUGGUCUGGUGCUUGAGGUGCAAUACACAUACAUUAAAUGAUGUAUGUUUUGUGCUUAUAACAUGAAUAUUUAUAUGUGGAAUGGUGAACGCAACUGCCGUUUUAUAUUCACUUUCAUUAUAAAUGCUUAUACAUGUUUAAAGUGUUACCAACAUAACAUGUCCUCUCCUCUUGUCACUACAGGAGCCUGGCUCUGCACUUUUCCUUCCUGAACGUGGACAAGCACAGUGCAUGGAUGGGAACACUGUUGGAGUUUGCCCAGGAUGCCAUACAGAUAGACACCGAAGAGGAUGACGGCGCCCGCCACAAAAUAGACUACACAGGCUACGUGCUGGCACUCAAUGGCCAUAAGAAGUACCUCUGCCUCUUCAAGCCUGUCUACACCGGGGAGGAAGGCGGGUCCUCCGAGGAGGAAGGGCCUGGGGGCGCCACUGGGGGAGGGAAGAGGUCUAGGUCUAGGUCCAGGGAUGAUCACCCACCACGCAGGUCUACGCCCAGGUCCCGCUCCACCGCCACACUGCAGAUCCACCACAAACUGGACCGCCUGGGGCUGUGGAUGGAGAGGCUUAUGGAGGGAACCCUGCCCCGGUACUACAUCCCUGCCUGGCCUGGCCUGGACAAGAUCACAGGCCCCAAAUAGAAAUGGUGUCAAUUACCUAUACUAUACGUUGAUGUGAAAAAUAUCAAAAAAAAGAUAUGCUUGGAAGUUUGAGAGGCAUUGCAUGCACACAUCCCAAGUCAGGAUACAGGCCUAAAUGGACACGUACCAAAGACACGUACCAAAGCUAUCUGUGUCUAAAAGCCAAGAUGCCGAGGUAUCCUUAUGGCUGUGUUCAGGGGGAGGAGGCUACUGUAUGUUUUGAGUGAUUGCCCUGGGACAUGGUUUAAAGAAAUUACUUUCAAUAGUGAGGUUGGCUUGGCUCAUUGCGACAACUGGACUACAUUUAUCUGCCAUCAUGUUCUGCUGGAGUUAGAGCUGCCUUUUUUGCACUUGAAAUAUUUAUUUGUUACGGAAGUACUUUAAAAGUAGGAUCAGUAAAAGAGGGAGGGUAAAGACUAUGGUGGAUCUCAAAGCAACAACUGUUGAACAAUUCCAAGAUUGCUUUCCCUUUCGGAUCCCUUCCUCUGCAUGCUGUUAUUAGUUAGCUACUUAGUUCUAAUAUCUGCUGCUGUUACAACGUCUAGAUGAGCUAACUUUAUCACUGUGGUCAUAAGUAGAAUCCUGCCUUUUUAUAACCGUCAUCCAUCAUUAUUCAAAUAUCUAAUCUAUCAGAUUGUGCUUUGAUAUUAGCUUCACUGUCCCAAUGGUGAUUGGUCAGUACUGUGAAUAGAGAUGCAUGUCUCUACUAGAUCUAUUUUCUUCACCAUUUUGACCUCACACAAAAUAAUAUGUUUUAUUCUUGUGCAAUAUAUACUGUAACUACAAUGCCUUCCAUUUCUCCUUGGCUGCUAAUAUUUCAUGUUCAUUCUUAUUCAUGUAGAAAUAGGCUAUUUAAUAACAUCUAUAUAACGUUAUACUUUAGCAUUUUGUUACAUGACCAAGCUUUUUGCAUUAGUCUAGUUUACGUGAAAGAGAAACCCACACACUGCUCUUGCUAGUAUCACU